AUGGCCCAAAACAAGAUUAUCUAUUCUGCAAAGCUCAACAAGAACAUGCAACUAUCAGCCUACUUCAAGACAAACAAGAGAACCGUCAAAUCAAAAAUCAUGCUGAAGUUUGUGACGAAGGCAAUGGAUAUCAAGCUUCAAGGUGAAGCCGAACUCUUGAAACGUAUUGAACGAUUCAUGAAGAAGAGUGCUGAUGCUGAGUAUGAUUUCUUGGAUUUCUGGGAAGUGAAUCAAAAGUUCUUUGCUAUGAAGCAAGGAACAACCAAAAAUUUGAUGCAUUUCAAGAAACGAUUCUUGAGACAGGCCGAAGUCCUACAAGAUCUAUAUGGCGCGGCCUGGUUCCGAGAUUUUGCAGUCAAGAUAAAAGCACCGGUACUGCUGCUCAAAACAAGUUCAAGGAUGGUAUCUUUGAAGCUGUUCGAUUUCUGUGCAACUGCGAUCAAACGAGAACAGCUCCUCUGA